AUGAUGAGGAAAACAAACUCCGCUCUCAAAGAUACUCCGAAAACCGAGAAACAUCUAAAAAUCGGAAAGAGUCAUUGGAGAGGGUCCAUUUUGCUCGAGUUCAUCUGGGAUGGCAUAUUGACCUACAAAAAGAAGGUGGCCAUAAAGAUCAUCAAUGACCCCGGAGGAAUGAAAACUGGAAAUCCUCCGGAAGGUCACCGGCCCACCCGCAAUGUCAUCAGGUUUUACGGGGCAUUUUAUCACCGGGCCCCGCGCAGGAGCACGCCGAAUAAAGGUCUAUCGAUCUCUAUGGAACUGUGCACUGGUGGGACCAUCCGUGACCUCAUGAGCGGAAGGAAAAACAAUUCUUUGGGCGAGAAGUGGACGGCUUAUAUCUGUAAAGAGGUGAUAAAGGGUCUGUGCCACCUAGAGACAGUGGAAGUCAUCCAUCAUGACAUCAAGCCCAUCAAUCUAAUGCUGACGUCAUCCGGCAAUGUUAAGAUUGGUGAUUUCUCAUGCGCCACCAUGGGAAGGAAGAGUUCGAGCACGGAAGGAACUCUAACAUAUAUGGCACCGGAGGCACUUGCCUGUAUGAGAAAGAAGAACCUCGACUAUGACCACAAGGCGGACAUCUGGUCAUUGGGAGUGUCAGCCCUGGAAAUGGUAGAAGGUUAUCUCCCAUACGGACAGCUCAGUAAACAUCAGCUGAUGAACCAGAUUCUUUUUGGUCCUGCUUUAAGACCAACCUGGGACAAAUGGAGUGAAGAAUUCAAUUUCUUCAUCCAAGAAUGCGUGCAGAAAAACCCAGCAAAAAGACCAAGCGCACGGCAGCUUCUCCAUCACCCCUUUAUCAGCAACCUGUGUGAUGAAGCAGCUGUGAAGAGGAGCAUUGCAAAACAACUGCAAAGAGGCUGGAAGAACUGAAGACCUGAGGCAGCCAUCGGGGG